AUGCAUAAUGGCUACAGGGUCGACUGUGACACUAACAAUCAUUUGACAUCAUCAAGUGGACUGGGCAACUAUGAUGCCAAUGUACUUAUAAUUGCACUCGAGCGACUUGGUUACGAGGUCAAAUGGUUUGAUAAGCGGAAGUCUCUAUAUGACGUUGAUUAUGUACAACUAUUUGGCUUCAUUGUAAAUAUACAGAGGACCCGAUAUUAUGGUCUUUGGAGCUCAAGACAUUGGUAUGCCAUCAAGAAUAUGAACUAUAACUCAAGUGUUGCCACCAUUCAAUCCCCAUCAUCAUCAUCCCAAGAACAGACUACUCCGGAGACGACACAAUCAUUCUCUUACAACUCAUUCGAUCCUGAACACAAGACACCAACAGCAUACACAUCACCUGAACAAUUGAUUGGAUACCUGUCACCAAUGUUGGAUAAUGGAAGUACAGAGAUACUAUUAGUCUAUGAGAAGAAGGAUGGAUUGAUAAAGUACCAGUGA